CGUGCGUAACAAGUCUAGUGGUCGACACACCAUGAAAAGUCUCUAUCUUGUCGUCGUCUUGACUGCAAUCGACAAACCAUCUCUGACUCUUAUUGGCAAAGUCACUGACAUGGCUGCAGCUUUGACAGAAACAGCAAAGCUUACGUUCUCGUGAAUACCAGCAUGUCUGAUGAAGCAGUACACUUUGCUAUUGAUGAUGUGUUACGAGAGAGAGCUCGAGACUUCGGAAAAUCGCUGAAACGAAGCGUUUUCGAGACAAUCAACGUUGAUACAACAGAUAACCCUUGCCAAUUGUGUCACGUGUCUUCUGUCGUUCAUCUAACAAACCAUUGUUUGCCACCAACUAUGUCUCUAAAGACGCCCGUCGUUUCCGUUCCCGUUCAAAACAACGUUUCAUCACCGACGUCCCUCUUCCACAUUCAGUUUGGCUAUGACGACACAUUACAGAUUUCAACCAUUGUAGCCGUUGCUGACAAAAUGAAUUGGACAUCAGCUGUAUACGUAGGUAACACGCAUACAGAUACGUUUGUCAACAGUUUACUGCGUCGACGAAGAUCAUUUGCUGUACUAGACAUAGUGCCAGUGAAAGAGAAUGCGGACCCUACAGAUCUCCAUACGAAAAUUUUUGAAAAUAGGACUGACUUUGUGAUAGCUCACUGUCACACCUACUCGUGCUACAAACCGUCAAACUAUUGCUUGGUAUGCAAGCAAGAUCGUUACAACAUGCACGUGUGCCAUGGUUUAUGACCGAAUCACUAACUGGAAAAAUUCGGGAAACAAGCGCAUUGGCUUCAGUGAACGUUCAUUCAGCAACAUGCGGUCUGCAACUGCGUCUUUUCUUGAAAAUCCGAUGGUUGAAACGUUUCUUCUAAGAGUUUCAUCGAUUUACGUUUCUCGACGUGAUUGCUCAGACAUGCGUCAUUGUCCUGUAACUCUAAGUCAACAACUCAAAGUUUUGGACUUGUACGACUCACUCGUAGCCGCCAUCUACUUUUCUCACAACCUCAACGGCAAGUCUAACCAGCGCAGUUUCGACAACGAAAAACAAUUUUUCAGCUGACCAACAACAUGGAAAGCAUUCCGAGUAUUCGUGGAUCCAUUCGAUUUUCUCAGACGAAAGAAAGAAUUUAUCCGACUCUCUAUGAUGUUCUCGACGUCAGACAGUUUUCAAUCGAUAUCAUCGGAGUGUACAACAACAGCAGAUCAGAUUGGCUCCACAAUUUACAACCGCAAAUAAAUGAAACAGCAAACAACCGACCAGGACGGUAUCGAAGAGCAGCACAAAAGUGCACACCAGCUGGAAAACACUUUAUGGUCACUACCAUUAGAGACCCUUCAUUUCUUUUUUAUGAUUCAAACAAAACAAGAGAAGGUUAUCAUCACGGUCCUUACUGCGGCUUUGUGGUCGACAUGAUGGAGUGGCUAGCUGCAGACAUGGGUUUUACCUACACGAUGACAGAAACUCCGGACUUAGGAUUUGGUUUAUAGACGAAAAUGGCGUGGGGAACGGAAUGGUUGGCCAGCUAAUGACUUGCAACGCAGACUUAGCAGCCGCUUCAUUUACUAUCACCGGAGAACGCUCAGAAUACAUACAAUUUACUAAGCCUUAUCUCGAUGUAGGAUUAUCACUCCUGCAACUUAAAGGCGAUCAAGAGACUGCUAGCAUCUGGUUGUUCCUCAAUCCAUUUGACUUUACUACUAAAUUGGUCAUCGUAGCCUCUCUUGCUGCAGUAUGGAUCGUCUUUAUGGCUUUGAGAAAAUUGGUUUUCUACACCACGUUUGUGCAGCAAGGACCAGAUGACGCUCCAUCUCUGUCUGGAAAACUGAUUGUUGAUGGUUGGUAUUUCUUUGCACUGAUCGUAAUAUCAACGUACACUGCCAAUCUCGCAGCUUUCUUGACGGUGAAAGGAUUUUCUCAAGGUAUCCAUUCUCUAGACGAUCUCGCUUUGCAGACAGAAAUCGUAUACGGGACAGUAAAAGAUUCGUCGGUGAUCGAAUUCUUUAAAAACUCUCCGAUAGAAGCGCACAAGCGCAUCUACACGUUUAUGACAAACACGGAAAACGCUCUUGUAGAAAGUGCCGAAGAGGGACUGCAUCGCGUGCAGAACAAAAGCGAUGGCGAGUAUGUGUUUAUGUGGGAUCAACCCAUUCUCGACUACUUCGCAUCUCAUCAACCGUGUAAAACGCGAGUGGUAGGCACAUCGUUCAACUCUCACGGAUUUGGUUUUGGCCUUCCGCAAGGAAUGCCAUACGAAACGAAUUUUUCUUUGGCGAUUUUGCGAAUGAGACAGUCGGGGUUUAUUGACGGAUUGAGCGAAAAAUGGUUCGAAGGAGGCGAAUGUGGAAAUGCUGUUGAUGCGUCAGAGUUGACUGAUGUUGAAGAAGUUGGCAUUACGGAUAUGAUUGGCGUGAUGAUUAUUCUUGUGUGUGCGAUUGCUGGAUCUAUUGGGAUUGCAAUCAUUGAAUGUAUUUGGUGGAUAACAAAGCGAAAAAUGAAAAGGACUUUCCAUUCCAAAGACGUAGAAGAUACACCAUCGAACCAGCAGUCUAUUGUCUUUUACGUGUGAAGAAACUGUUGAAAUAUGUGGACAGCAAAUUUCGUAGUUAUUGCACUAGAAAUGACGGCAUACUCUAGCAGACAAGGAUGUAGGAUGAAUGAACUAACUAAAAUGUACCUAGUAAUAUUUAUUGAUAUUAUGUAUAGCAAUAUAUUG